AUGGUAACUUCAAGAGAGUCGACAAGUUCAGCAUAUUCUAAGGAUUUGAAGGCUAGAAAAUUUGUGGAUUUAGUCUUAGAUUCUAGCUUUUGGAAAGAAUGUGCUGACAUUGUGAAAGUUACUGAACCACUUAUACGUUUGUUGCGUCUUGUUGAUAGUGAAGACAAGCCUUCUAUGGGUUAUCUUUAUCAAGCCUUUUAUAAAGCAAGAGAAGAUAUGGUUAGACGGCUUCAAAGAAAGAAAAAGAAGGCGGAGCCGUACUUGAACAUCCUGGAUAAUGUUAUAGAGAGGUAUGUUCAUAAGGAUGAGGAAUUAUCGUCCAAGUUAACAUCUGAGCUGAGAACUUUCAAUGAAUCUGAUGGUGAUUUUGGAAGGAACAUAGCUAUUCGGGAACGAACUAAAGUUAUGCCUGAUAAAUGGUGGGAACUUUAUGGUUUUGGUGCACCAAACUUGAGACAAUUGGCUAUUCGUAUCUUAAGCCAAACUUGUAGUGCUUCCGGUUGUGAGCGAAAUUGGAGUGCAUUUGGGCAGAUCCAUUCAAAUAGGAGAAAUCGGUUAGAGCAUAAAAGGUUGAAUGAUCUUGUAUAUGUUCGAUACAACCUAAGACUACAACAAAGGAAUCAAUUGAAGCACCAAAAUUAUGACCCAAUUAAUUUGGAAACAAUGGAUGAUCAUUCUACUAGUUGGGUUUUUGAGGAGUCACCACCAUUAUUAACCGAUGAAGAGGCAAGAUAUUUGAGGAAUAAUACCAUUGAAUCAAUUAUAGAUGGUAUUGAUGAAUUGAAUUUAGAUGAGGAUGAUGUAGAUGACGAACCUCAUAUGGCUAUUGUACCCCAAAAUGAAAGCAAUGUUCUUCAAGGUUUGGAUGGCAAUGGUGGAAAAGGACAAGGAGAGCCUGAAUUUGAUGAUAUUACUUUUAAUUAA